AUGAUCUACCAUGUGUCUCACCAUCUGCUCCUCGCGUUGAAGAUGAACAGUUUGGAGCUAGUCCGGCAUGCAGUGGAAGAAACUGAGAACAUAAAUGAGUUCAUCGACGUCACUUUGCCAUACACUCCGCUCCACCUGGCAAUUUUGCUAAGAUCCAGCCUGGAGAUCACCGAAUUCCUCAUAGACAAAGGUGCUGACGUCAACAGCCUUUGCGGAGAGAGCCCCUACCCAAAUGUGAUGUCCAAGUGCACACCCUUGCACUUAGCGAUCAGCAAAAAUAAAAGAAUAGAGAUUGACUAUGCCGAGCUUUUAAUUCGCCGCGGUGCAGAUGUCAACAUUGUUUUCUCAGGAGGCCAAUCUGCCCUGCACCUGGCAGUCAGGAGCAAGAACCUCCAGUUGGUGAACCUGGUCCUCAGGAAUAACGCGAAUGUAAACUUAAAUUCCGAGUACGGUUCGCCCCUGAUGGUGUUUGUGGAAAAUUUCAUACUGGGGUUGGACAAUCUGGACAUCAUGAAGCUCCUGCUGGAAUUUGGCGCUGAUGCCAAUUGUGUAAGUGACAAGUACCCCAACGAAUCUCUGCUGCACGUCGUCGUGAAAAGUGGAUCCAUAGAAGCUCUUAAGCUCCUAAUGAGCCAAGGCUCUGCUGACAUCAACAUCAAUAUUGUUACGACAAAUGGAAUGACUGCGCUUCAUUACGCGGUUCUGAGUCCAGAUUUGAACGACGGCGUGAUCAGAGUUUUAUUGGAUUCUGGAAUCGAUUGGAAAAUUACUGACAAUCAUGGAAUUUGUGCAAAUGAUUAUUAUCCGAAAUUAUUAAUUAAUUUUUUUUAUAGUGAGCGCAAUACCGAGGACUUUUUGGCCAAUAGUUAUUUUGAAUUUGAGGAAAAAUAUAAGGAGACGAACGUUGAAGAGUCUGAGCCAGCUGGCGUGUAA